GUCACUGGUGCGUGAAGACGCACUGCGACCACAACAUGAGUCCCGGUCCGAGACGCACUUCCUAAAGUCCACUCGGGUCCAAAAGGGCCACGAUGCUGUCAAACGCGAGCCUCCUGGUGCGUUUGUCCGUGGAACAUCCAAACUUUACGCACGGUUCCGGCGCCAGGAACGAUACCUUGCUGGCUAAUCGCCGAGAAGAAACCAUGUCCUUACCGAUAUUUAUGUUCGCCGGGGGCGCCGUGGGGAAUAUAAUCGCGAUCGUCGUCCUCACGGUGUCGAGGCAGGAGAGGAAAAGUUCUGCUUUCUACACGUUGGUGUGCGGGCUGGCUGUGACGGACCUGCUGGGGACUUGCUUGGCGAGUCCGAUCACCAUCGCCAACUACAUGGACGGAAAGUUGCUGCAAACCCCAAAACUGUGCGAGUUUCACUCCUUCUUGCUGCUCUUUUUCGGUUUGACCGGCCUGAGCAUCAUUUGCGCCAUGGCGGCGGAGAGGUACGCGGCCAUUUGUUGCCCGUACUUGUACGGACGCUGGGGGGUGGACCGACGCUUCGCGCGGACCUCCCUGACGUGCGUGUACGCCGCCAACGUGCUCUUCUGCUGUGUCCCGGUGAUGGGCGCCGUGAGGAGCAAGGUGCAGCCCUCCCGAACAUGGUGCUUCAUCGACCUGAGGACACCGGAGCCGCUGGCCGCCGCCUACACGGUGCUGUACGGCGCGGUGAGCGUGGCGCUCAUCGUGGGAACCACCGCGCUCAACGUGGCGGUGUGCGGCGCGCUGCUGCUCAUGCGGCGGCGCAGCGUGACCAUGAGGCUGGGCAGCGGCAGGAGCAGCGUCCGGGACAGGUGGAAGUCUCUGUCCUCGGCCGCGGAGACUCAGGUCAUGACGGUGCUGGUGAUGACCUCGGUCGUGGUUCUGGCCUGUUCGGCUCCCCUGGUGGUCCGUGUGUUCGCCAACCGCCUCAUGCUGGAAGACGACCCCGCAGCCGACCUGGCGGCCAUCCGGAUCGCGUCCGUCAACCCCAUCCUCGACCCGUGGAUCUACAUCCUCCUCAGGAGGUCGCUGUUUCGCCGAAUCCUGGCGCUGUCCAGGCGAUGUAGGACUCGAGGUAGCCCGACAAAACGAGGGCGCCUGUUCUACCCGGAACACAUCAAGGAGGACAGCAGCCAUGUUUUCAGCCAGUUGAUGCUCGCCAGCGUCAUGGCGUCGCCCCCUGAUGCCAACACUUUGUCACAGUAGCACACAGACAUACUUUGAAACACGGGGAACUGAGAGCAAGGAAGAUUUGCUUGAAGGAGGAACCCACACCUUUGUGCGCGCAGUGGACUCACAGACAAAACUUGUGGGCUUGCAGCUGCAAAGGGUUAUUUAAGGUCAAGCUUGAGACUGGUACACCUGUCAAUCACAGGAAGGACACAUAAGGAGCAUUCACACCAUGGCAAUUUGCACUAUUUGUACAUAGUUGGGCUCUAAUGGAAGAAGUGGAAACAUUCACUCUCACUUGAGCUCUUAUAAGACCAUGACCCUUUGGAGGGUCAAAUAGGACAAAAUUAUUAUUAUUAUUGUUUUUUUUAAUGUAUUUAUUUUACGUAAGCACGGGGGAUAACUUUCAUUAUCUCCAAGCCUACUUGACCUCUUAUAAUAUAUUAAAGGUUGGACGUUUGCAGGAACUAUGGGACAAAAUUAUUAUUUGUAUUACAUGGGGGAACUUUCACCCUCUCCAAGCCUAACUGACCUCUUAUAAAACAUUAAAUGUUGGACGUUAUAGAACCAAUAGAGGGUCAAAUGGGAGAAUAUAAAUAUAUAUAUAUAUAUAUAUAUAUAUAUAUUUAUAAAUAUAUAAAUAUAUAUAUAUAUAUAUUUUUUUUAACUACAUGGAAAUAAAUCAUGAAAUAAUUAAAUCAUGAAAUAAUAAAUGAAUAAUUAUUUCAAUGUUGAAAUGAUUAUUCAAAUGAUUAAAUAAAUGUAUGUUCACAUUAAAUCUAUUUCAUAUCAAUUAAAAUUAAUGACACUUAAUUUGUUUAAAGAUGUAUGUAUUUUAUGUUGUCCAUUUACCCCACCAUGUUUUUAGCUACGUCCAAACCUUAUUAUAUUCAGUCAUGUGAAAUGUUCGCAAAAAAGCGGAUUUCCGAUAUAAAAAAUUGGUUAUUCAAUUUGAAAACAUGUAUUUCAUUUUAUUUUAGAUACAUUCAUAGGAAUACUUCAGCUAUCUACAAGCCCAUUUGACCGAUUAUAAUAUAAUAAAGGUUAGAUGUUACAGAACCUAUGGAGAGUCAAAUGGGACAAAAUUAUUUAUUUAAUUAUUUGGAAAAAAAUACAUAUAUUUUACGUAAUCACAUGGGAGAACUUUCACUAUCUCCAAGCAUACAUGACACUUACAGGGUUCGUACACCUUUUCCAUGGCCAAAUUCAAGCACUUUUUAAGGACUUUCAAGAUCAGUUUUCCAGUUUUUCCCUUCAAAAGGCAACAACCAGUGUGAAUAAAUCCAUAGCCUUGUUGUUUGAGGUCACCAAAUGCUAUCUGUAGGAAAAAUACGGAAAAUCCGCUAAAACCUAAGCCUAACAUUGAACCAGCAGUUAUCAUUAACUGAAUGGGGCAUAGAAAAUGAAGCAGUGUUUCUGUAGACUAUUCAAUGUCAUUGGUGUUUGCAAACGUCUCUCCAUUUGUCUUGUUUUUCACAUUUCUUGUUCUUUUUCUUACUUACAGCACUCAAUGACAUCGAACAGCACGGAUUGAUUCACACAAGUUAAGUAGACAACCAAAAUAAUGAAGCAAAAAACACAUCGAACCAUGUUGGAUUUCCUUUUUGCAUACUUUGCAGCAGGCUACACGUGGAUUUGGUCCACAUUUUAUCCAAAGUUUUGUAUUUGUCAUUUUCCAUCCAAUGUUUAUUAAAACAACAACCUCCCGGCAUGAUGGACCGAUGCACCACUGUCCUCUUGGGGGCGACACAGAGCCGCAUGACAACAACCUAAUGUAAGGGCUCGUGCAAAGCCAACAGAUCAAGCGUGUAGCUUUCAUUUUUAAGGAAACUUAUCUGAUUUUUUUCCAUUUUAUAAUUAGAUACAUAGAUAGAUAGAUAGAUAGAUAGAUAGAUAGAUAGAUAGAUAGAUAGAUAGAUAGAUAGAUAGAUAGAUAGAUAGAUAGAUAGAUAGAUAGAUAGAUAGAUAGAUAGAUAGAUAGAUAGUACUUUAUUGAUUCCUUCAGGAGAGUUCCCUCAGGAAAAUUUAAAUUAGCCUAUUGAGUCAGACUGCCGAGAAACAUGAUGAACAUUUACAAGUACUUCACACAAAAUUCAAGCAUUUUUCAAACCUUGAAAACACAACAAUAAAAUGCAACGAUUUUCAAGGUUUUUAAGCACCCGUACGAACCCUGCACUUAA